GCGUCGGCUCAGCAGCAUGGCGUCCGUGUCGCUGAGCGAGGCGGAGAAGGUGUACAUUGUGCACGGCGUCCAGGAAGACCUCCGCGUGGAUGGCCGUGGCUGUGAGGACUACCGAUGCAUUGAAGUGGAGACCGAUGUGGUGUCCAACACCAGCGGGUCUGCCAGGGUCAAGCUGGGUCACACAGACAUCUUGGUGGGGGUGAAAGCGGAGAUGGGGACGCCGAAGCUGGAGAAGCCGGACGAAGGCUACCUGGAGUUCUUUGUUGACUGCUCAGCCAAUGCCACCCCUGAGUUCGAAGGCCGCGGAGGUGACGACCUGGGCACGGAGAUCACCAACACCCUCUACCGGAUGUUCAGCAGCCGGAGCAGCGUGGACCUGCAGUCUCUGUGCAUCAGUCCCCGGGAGCACUGCUGGGUCCUCUACGUGGACGUGCUGCUGCUGGAGUGCGGGGGAAACUUGUUUGAUGCCAUCUCCCUUGCCGUGAAGGCUGCGCUCUUCAACACCAGGAUACCGAAGGUUCGCGUCCUGGAGGAUGAAGAGGGGUCAAAGGACAUCGAGCUGUCCGAUGACCCUUACGACUGCAUGCAGCUCAGCGUGGAGAGCGUGCCCUGUGUCGUCACGCUGUGCAAGAUCGGCUGCCGGCACGUGGUGGACGCCACCCUCCAGGAGGAGGCCUGCUCCCUGGCCAGCCUGCUGGUGGCCGUCACCAGCUCAGGGGUGGUGACUUGCAUGAGGAAGGUGGGCAGGGGCAGCCUGGACCCUGAGAGCAUCUUCGAGAUGAUGGAGACCGGCAAGCGCGCAGGCAAGCUGCUGCACACCGCGCUGCAGGACGUCCUGCACAAGGAGGAGAGCCUGGGUCCCCGGAGGCAGAAGGUCGGCUUCCUGGGCUGACCGGUUGCCUGGCUUCCCUUCCCUUUCCUUUGGAGACAGGGUCCAAGCUCUGUGCCCAGCCUUCCUUUUCCUUUGGCACUGUUCUGUGUAUAUUUUUUCCUAGCUGUGGAGAAUUUACAAUUAAAGUCUAUUUUCUGGCCCACAUCGGUGUGGCUCUUGUUAC